AUGCAGCCGGCAAUGAUGAUGUUUUCCAGUAAAUACUGGGCAAGGAGAGGGUUUUCUCUGGAUUCAGCAGUGCCCGAAGAACAUCAGCUACUUGGCAGCUUAACAGUGAUAUUUGUAUGUGUGUGUGUUUCUACUUUCUUGAAGUUAAAUAAAGCUAACUCUGGCAAAAAUGAUGAUAAAAAAGGCAGCAAGGGGACCAGCAAGAGUGAAACCGGCCCCGAAGGUGGCAAGACGGCUGUUGUAUUCUCGUUGAAAAACGAAGUUGGCGGAUUGGUAAAGGCGUUGAAACUCUUUCAGGAGAAACAUGUCAACAUGGUUCAUAUCGAGUCCAGGAAAUCCCGGCGAAGAAGUUCAGAGGUUGAAAUCUUCGUGGACUGUGAAUGUGGCAAAACGGAAUUUAACGAGCUCAUUCAGUUGCUGAAAUUUCAAAGUACGAUUGUGACGCUGAAUCCGCCGGAGAACAUUUGGACAGAGGAAGAAGAGCUAGAGGAUGUGCCCUGGUUCCCCCGGAAGAUCUCUGAGUUAGACAGAUGCUCUCACAGAGUUCUCAUGUAUGGCUCUGAGCUUGAUGCCGAUCACCCAGGAUUUAAGGACAAUGUCUAUCGACAGAGAAGAAAGUAUUUUGUGGAUGUGGCCAUGGGUUAUAAAUACGGGCAGCCCAUUCCCAGGGUGGAGUACACGGAGGAAGAAACGAGAACCUGGGGCGUUGUGUUCCGAGAGCUCUCCAAACUCUAUCCCACUCACGCUUGCCGGGAGUAUUUGAAGAACUUCCCUCUGCUGACGAAGUACUGCGGCUACCGGGAGGACAACGUGCCUCAGCUUGAGGACGUCUCCGUGUUUCUGAAAGAAAGAUCAGGCUUCACGGUGAGGCCGGUGGCUGGAUACCUGAGUCCACGCGACUUUCUGGCAGGACUGGCCUACAGAGUGUUCCACUGCACUCAGUACGUCCGGCAUGGCUCCGACCCCCUCUACACCCCAGAACCAGACACAUGUCACGAACUCCUGGGGCAUGUUCCACUACUCGCAGAUCCUAAGUUUGCUCAGUUUUCACAAGAAAUAGGCCUGGCAUCUCUGGGAGCAUCAGAUGAAGAUGUUCAGAAACUAGCCACCUGCUAUUUCUUCACCAUCGAGUUCGGCCUUUGUAAGCAAGAAGGGCAACUGCGGGCAUAUGGAGCAGGACUCCUUUCCUCCAUUGGAGAAUUGAAGCAUGCUCUUUCUGACAAGGCAUGUGUGAAAGCCUUUGACCCAAAGACAACUUGCUUACAGGAAUGCCUUAUCACCACUUUCCAGGAAGCCUACUUUGUUUCAGAAAGUUUUGAAGAAGCCAAAGAAAAGAUGAGGGACUUUGCAAAGUCAAUUACCCGUCCCUUUUCUGUGUACUUCAAUCCCUAUACACAGAGUAUUGAAAUUCUGAAAGACACCAGGAGUAUUGAAAACGUGGUGCAGGACCUUCGCAGUGAUUUGAACACAGUGUGUGAUGCCUUGAACAAAAUGAACCAGUAUCUGGGGAUUUGAUGCCUGGGACCAUUGUCAUUGCCAGCAUGAUCUUUUUGGGGCUUAGCAGCAAUUCAGUCAAUGUCAUAUAACACCAAUAACUUUCUGUGUCAUGGUUUGGCUAGUGAGCAUGCAAUUCUGUACAAUUCUGCGUGUCUCUAUCUGCUUGUAAUUUACUGUGUUAAUGUGUGAAACACCAUAAAGAACCCAAUGACAGAUAAACACUGAUUGUUUAAAAUAUUGUUAACAUGUUUAAAUGUCUUAAAUAGAUUUGACAUUCUUGCUUGGUGUCCUUAACCAAGCUGCAGUUAUUUAAAAAAAUUGUUAACAAAUAGCCCUCUUCUGAUUCUAGCUUAUUACUUUUUCUUUCUCAGAUCUGAGCUUUUCCUCUGUGUUCAUUAGAUAAAAUGAAAAUAGCAGUGAAACUGUUUCUAUUUUCUAUAGUAUCAGUGUUUCCACAGCAUUAUUUGAGAUAAACCCAGAAUUGUGUGAAAACUCCCAUUGCAUUUAUAAAAGAUUCAGUACUCUGUUUCAAAAAUGGAAACUAGUGAACACACUAGUUGGAAUGGUUUUUAGGUUGAAUAUUUAUACAAUGUAAAAAAAAAGAGAACAUUUUACAAAUGGAACACAGGUGGCAUUGACCAGGUAGAAACUGAGUUGUGGUAUGCUUUCUAAAGUACUUUGGAAGAAAAAUACUUCCAGAAAGGACAUUAGGAAAAGACUAAACAGCAGGCAGAGAGUCUUGGGACUGUGAACUUUA